AUGGCAAUAGCAUUAACACAAUGCUCAGAAAAGCUAGGAUACCUAAUAUUUCUGUUAAGCAAAAACUUCAUCAUGUUUAUGUCGAUGGUGAUUGCAUGCAAUGGUUUACAUUAUCUAAUAAAGCCUUAUCAACAACCCCGCAUUACUUCCGACAUAAUUGUUGGACUAGUUGUGGGAAAUGCGCCAUUUUUACGCAAUUUAUAUGAACAAUUCAAUCGUACAUUUGGAUUUAUCAUUGAUUUCGGCAUGAUGUGUUACAUGUUUGCUUUGGGUGUAGAAAUGGAUCCUUAUGUACUCUUCAGAAGACCAAGUAGAGAUGUUCAAGUUGCAUAUGCAGGAAUAAUCAUAACAUUCAUCUUAGCAUUAGCCAUAACACCCCUUCUCCAUUAUUUCACAAGUGACGUGCAAUCGCAUUUACUAGAAUUCCAUCUCGCCCUCUCAAUUCUUCUCUCAAGUACUGCAUCGCCUGUCCUAACCCGUCUUAUAACAAGUCUCAACAUAGGAAAGUCGGAUAUCGGGAAACUUGUCAUAGCAGCAGGGAUGUAUUCGGAUUUUCUCAGCUCUUUACUUCUUUCAGUCGGCUACAUUUCAAUGCCUUUGGACACAUUUUGCGACAAUGUAGAAAAAAAAGGGCGUUUUAAAAGAGCGGUUGUAAUGAAUAGUGCUGUUAUUGGCCAAGCAUUGUUCACAGCAACGGUUUCGCCAAUUUUCAUGAGAUGGGUUAACAAUGAAAACCCAGAAGGGAAACCUAUGAAAGGCUCACAUUUAGUAUUAUCAAUAGCAUUCAUGGUUAUGAGUUGUGCUUCAUCAAUACUAUAUAAUUUUAGUCCUAUUCUAAGUGCAUUUAUAACUGGAAUUUGUUUUCCUAGGGAAGGAAGAGUUUCCAAAUGGGUUAUUAGCAAAAUCAAUUACUUGUUAACAACUAUAUUUUUUCCAAUAUUUUUCUUGUGGAUGGGUUAUGCAGCUGAUUUUAGGCAAUUUCAGCCUUCACAAUUAGGAACAUGGGGAAGAUUAUUUAUACCUGUCUUAAUUGUAAUGGGAGGUAAAGUUAUUGGAACACUUGUUUGUGGUGCAAUUCUUGGAUUUCAUUGGCCUGAAUCAGUUGCUAUUGGAUUGUUACUUGCUACCAAGGGACAUUUUCAUAUCUACAUGGCUAUCAAAGUGAUGGGUUGUGGCUCCAAUACUUCGGCCGGCAUUGGGUUGAUAUUUGCAAUAUUUUUUACAGUGGUGCAUGCCCCGUCCGUCGUAGCACAUAUCAUCAAACGAGCCAAGAGAAAAGUACCUACUCAUCGCAUGUCCCUCCAAUUGCUUGAUCCAUUAAGUGAGCUAAGGAUUCUGCUAUGCCUUCAUGGACCUGACAACAUUUCAGCUUCCAUCAACUUCAUGGAGAUCACAAGAGGAAAAUCAGAUCCCGGCAUUCUUGUAUACGUCACGGAAAUGAUUGAACUUACCAAUCAAAUAGCAGUCACAGUAGAAAGAGGUGAAGGAAUAGAAACAACAAAUGUAAAAGAUAAGGAUGUCAUGGAGAUGAGAGACACAAUAACUAGCUCAUUUCAAGCUUAUAUAGACGAUGAUGGUGAUGGUGUUACGCUCAAAAGGACAAUGGCAGUGUCGACAAUUAAUAACAUGGCCCAGGACAUUUGCACUUUGGCAGAGGAUUUGAUGAUUGCUCUUAUCGUUCUACCAUUCCAUAGAAGGCAAUGUGUGGAUGGAAAAUUGGAUGGUGGCCAUCAAGGAUUCAGAUAUGUGAACAGAAAGUUAUUGAAGAGUGCUCCUUGUUCCGUGGGGAUUCUAGUGAAUAGAGGCUUAGGGUCCUUUGAAAAGAUAUCAAAGACUCAGGUAUCACUCAAUGUGGCAACAUUGUUCAUUGGUGGAAAAGACGAUAGAGAAGCACUUGCCUACACCGGUCGCGUAGCAGGGCAUCCAGGAGUGAAACUCACAGUUAUAAGAUUCCUAGUAGAUACUAGUGUUGAAUCUUCAAGAAUUUCGGCAUAUAGGGUAAGCCUUCCAGAUAACGGCGAGGAGAUGGGGCUAGACGAUGAAUGCUUUGCACAUUUCUAUGAUAAAUAUAUUUCUGGAGGUCGAAUUUCGUAUAUGGAGAAGCAUCUUGCUAAUGCAGCUGAGACUUUCUCUACUCUCAGAUCAUUUGAAGGACAGUACUCACUGGUCAUUGUAGGAAGAGAAGGUGGACUGAACUCGAUAUUGACAAAGGGAAUGAAUGAUUGGCAACAGUGUCCGGAACUUGGACCGAUAGGGGAUGUUCUUUCAGGACCGGACUUCUCAAAAACAGUGUCAGUGUUAGUAAUCCAACAACACAAACAUAAAGGAGAAAUAGAUGGACUUGAUGAAGAAUUCAAUAUCAUGUAG